UGCCCCACUCACUGCAGGGACUUCUUGCCCCGCGGAUCUGGCAUUGUCACCCGACGCCCCCUGGUCCUGCAGCUGGUCAAUGCUACCACAGAAUAUGCCGAGUUCCUGCACUGCAAGGGGAAGAAAUUCACCGACUUCGAGGAGGUACGCCUGGAGAUCGAGGCGGAGACCGACCGGGUCACCGGCACCAACAAGGGCAUCUCGCCAGUGCCCAUCAACCUGCGGGUUUACUCGCCACACGUGCUAAACCUGACCCUGGUGGACCUGCCCGGGAUGACCAAGGUCCCCGUGGGGGACCAGCCUCCCGACAUCGAGUUCCAGAUCCGAGACAUGCUUAUGCAGUUCGUCACCAAGGAGAACUGCCUCAUCUUGGCCGUAUCCCCUGCCAACUCUGACCUGGCCAACUCAGAUGCCCUCAAGGUCGCCAAGGAGGUGGACCCGCAGGGUCAGCGCACCAUUGGGGUCAUCACCAAGCUGGACCUUAUGGACGAGGGCACGGAUGCCCGUGACGUGCUGGAGAACAAACUGCUCCCCCUGCGCAGAGGCUACAUUGGGGUGGUGAACCGGAGCCAGAAGGACAUAGACGGCAAGAAAGACAUCACGGCUGCCCUGGCUGCCGAGCGCAAGUUCUUCCUAUCCCACCCAUCCUACCGCCACCUGGCUGACCGUAUGGGGACGCCCUACCUGCAGAAGGUCCUCAACCAGCAACUGACAAACCACAUCCGGGACACACUGCCGGGGCUGCGGAACAAGCUGCAGAGCCAGCUGCUGUCCAUUGAGAAGGAGGUGGAAGAGUACAAGAACUUCCGCCCUGAUGACCCAGCGCGCAAGACCAAGGCCCUGCUGCAGAUGGUGCAGCAGUUCGCGGUGGACUUUGAGAAACGCAUCGAGGGCUCCGGAGACCAGAUCGACACCUACGAACUGUCUGGGGGAGCCCGCAUUAACCGGAUCUUUCACGAGCGCUUCCCCUUUGAGCUGGUCAAGAUGGAGUUUGAUGAGAAGGAGCUCCGACGAGAGAUCAGCUACGCCAUCAAGAACAUCCAUGGCAUUAGAACGGGGCUGUUUACCCCAGACAUGGCCUUUGAGACCAUUGUGAAAAAGCAGGUGAAGAAGAUCCGAGAACCGUGUCUCAAGUGUGUGGACAUGGUUAUCUCGGAGCUAAUCAGCACCGUUAGACAGUGCACCAAGAAGCUCCAGCAGUACCCGCGGCUGCGCGAAGAGAUGGAGCGCAUCGUCACCACCCACAUCCGGGAGCGUGAGGGCCGCACCAAGGAGCAGGUCAUGCUUCUCAUCGAUAUCGAGCUGGCUUACAUGAACACCAACCACGAAGAUUUCAUAGGCUUUGCCAAUGCUCAGCAGAGGAGCAACCAGAUGAACAAGAAAAAGGCUUCCGGGAACCAGGAUGAGAUUCUGGUCAUCCGGAAGGGCUGGCUGACCAUCAACAACAUCGGCAUCAUGAAGGGGGGCUCCAAGGAGUACUGGUUUGUGCUCACGGCUGAGAACCUGUCCUGGUAUAAGGAUGACGAGGAGAAAGAGAAGAAGUACAUGCUGUCCGUGGACAACCUGAAGCUGCGCGAUGUGGAGAAGGGCUUCAUGUCAAGCAAGCACAUCUUCGCCCUCUUCAACACGGAGCAGAGGAAUGUCUACAAGGAUUAUCGGCAGCUGGAACUGGCCUGCGAGACACAGGAGGAGGUGGACAGCUGGAAGGCCUCCUUCCUGCGGGCUGGAGUGUACCCCGAGCGUGUUGGGGACAAGGAGAAAGCGAGUGAGACUGAGGAGAAUGGCUCGGACAGCUUCAUGCACUCCAUGGACCCCCAGCUGGAGCGGCAGGUGGAGACCAUCCGGAACUUGGUGGACUCGUACAUGGCCAUUGUCAACAAGACUGUGCGGGACCUCAUGCCGAAGACCAUCAUGCACCUCAUGAUCAACAACACCAAGGAGUUCAUCUUCUCGGAGCUGCUGGCCAACUUGUACUCGUGCGGGGACCAGAACACGCUGAUGGAGGAGUCCGCCGAGCAGGCGCAGCGGCGCGACGAGAUGCUGCGCAUGUACCACGCGCUGAAGGAGGCUCUCAGCAUCAUCGGCGACAUCAACACGACCACCGUCAGCACGCCCAUGCCCCCGCCCGUGGACGACUCCUGGCUGCAGGUGCAGAGCGUACCGGCCGGACGCAGAUCGCCCACGUCCAGCCCCACGCCGCAGCGCCGAGCCCCCGCCGUCCCCCCAGCCCGGCCCGGGUCGCGGGGCCCUGCUCCUGGGCCUCCGCCUGCUGGAUCCGCCCUGGGGGGGGCGCCCCCCGUGCCCUCCAGGCCGGGGGCCUCCCCUGAUCCCUUCGGCCCCCCUCCCCAGGUGCCCUCGCGCCCCAACCGCGCCCCGCCUGGGGUCCCCAGAAUCACUAUCAGUGACCCCUGAGGAGUGUCAGCCAUGGGGGUGACUGUGCUUUUCAACCAAGAGUACAACACGGGUUGCUGACCUGAGCCCGUCAGCUUCCAGAAUUCCACCCAGCCAGGCCACAGAACUCGCCCAGGGACCCCGUGUGAUACUCCCCCCCAGCCACUGACUCUUGCUCUUCUGAUUUUCCCCAGCAGGAAGGGCCCAGCCUCACCUACGCGACCUGCAGCCCCCCGACCAGCUGAGGCUCCCCUCUUAGACUUAUAAGUCUGGUCCCUGGCAUCAACUGCUGCCCCUCCAGCCUUCCCAGGGUCCCCUCUGCAGACUCCUGGGCUUUCUGACCCCCAGAAGGGCCUCCAGCUCUCUCUCCAGCUACCCCUUUUAGAUUCGCCCUCCUGGCUCCUGCCGUCUUCUCCCUCCAGCCUGGCAGCUGUUGUGUGGGGCUCUCCCAGACUAGGGGUGGCCCUGGCCAGUGGGAUCGAAGACAGGGCGACCACAGAAGAGGGAACUGGGUCUGGAACUGGGUGCACUGCCUGGUGAUGUGUGAGGCUGCGUGUGUGGCAGGGGAGGGACACCCCAGCCUGUGCCCAGAUUACCGGGGAGCUCCGGCCCACCGCCAUCAGCCCCCCCAUCCUCCCCCGCUUUCCCAUCUGUCCCUCCACCUCCGUGUCUCUUCCAGAAGCCUAGACCGUGCCCACACUGCCUCAUCCCUUCCCGCUGCCGCUGGGGUGCGGCUGCUCUCGCCUUACCAGCUCUCUCCUUCCUUUUCUCUCCCGGUUUCUCUCUUGGCUUUCUCUCCAACUGCCAGCCGAUCGGGUCAGGCAAGUCCGUCCCGUCCUGAGAGUCCCAGGCCCCCCUUCGACCUCUAAACAGAUCCCUCCUAUUCCUCGGAGACCUCCCUAAAGCCUGCCUGGACGGCUGUUCUGUGACUUGACAGUGGCUCCCCGGCCCCAAAGCGUCCCCUUCAUCUGUGACUUAGUCUGUUGUAGUGGUGAGCUGACACAUCCAGGCGUGACGUUGGUGAACUCUUGUGCCCCUUGUGGUAUUGCUCCAGCCCUUAUCUAUAAAUAUCUAUAAAUACUCAUAUAUAUAUAUAUAUAUACAUACAUAUAUACAUAUAUAUGGCCAACACAGCCUCGCCUCUAGUGUUGGGAAUCCACCACCAUGCUGUCCUUGUGGAGUCUUGUGGCCCAACUACAAGGGAACACUGUCACCGACACCCCCUCCACGGUGUGCCACCUGCAGUCAGCCUCCCUGUCCCGCUUGGCCUGUGGAGAGCCAGCCCCUCGGUCAUCCUUCCGUGUCCUCCCCACCCAAAGCAUGGGGGCGCUGCAAUGACAGCUGCGUGGUUCUCUGACCGCCACCAGGCUUGCUGUCUUGGCUGAGAAUAAAACCUGUACUGGACGAUGGGGAA